AGAGUUUUGGGACUUUAUUCAAGGUCUACUUCCACACCUACUAGUGAGGCUGUGGCAUUAAGUCGAGGGUAAUUCCAAUAUUGCACAGACUUACUUGCUUCACCAGAAAACUUGAGAGAAGACUUCUUGGAAACAAGUCAUUCACGGGAGAAAUAAAACUAACUUGCAAGAAAAAUUAAUUGACUGAGCAUUCUACUGCAGUGAAGUCGCACAAAGACCUACCAACCACUUGGAAGUGCUGUGCACGCUUUGGGCUUCUUUCUACGGUCGAUGCCUUUGUAGUUGUGGAUUAUGGCAGAAACAAUGGGACUGUUAAAAGUAACUGUUGUGCAAGGGAAAAGGUUGGUUGUUCGGGACUUCAAGACGAGUGAUCCUUAUGUCAUUCUCAAGAUGGGAAAUCAGACAUCAAAGACCAAGGUUAUAAACCGUUGCCUUAAUCCCUUUUGGAAUGAAGAAUUGAGUUUCUCCCUCACAGAACCUAUUGAAGUUCUCAAGCUGGAAGUGUUUGAUAAAGACCGUUUCAAGGCAGAUGACAAGAUGGGGCAUGCACACCUCAGCCUUCAACCAUUAGUCACUGCAACUAGAUUGAGGCAGAUCCUUGGGGUUGCUACUGAAGGAACGACGUUAAGGAAGGUUAUCCCAGAGAGUGACAACUGUCUUGCAAUGGAUAGCUCCAUUACUUGGGUAAAUGGUGAGGUGGUGCAGGAUGUUUGGUUGAGGCUUAACGGAGUGGAGUCUGGGGAGAUACAAUUAAUGAUCAAAUUAACCAAUCCUCCUGUUGCUUCAUCGAAGUAG